UCCGCGGUCCCGGCAUCCCCCGCGGUCCCGGUAUCCUCCGCGGGGCAAGAUGGCCGCGGCAGGGACGGCCCCGGAGGUGACGGGGUGCUAGGCCGUACGUCCCUCGGCCUCUCCCGAGGGCCGAGCGGGUCCGAAGAAGUGAGCCUACGGCCCAGCCCCGCAAAUGCGUGUCGGCUUUUCUUGCCGUGGCCAUGGGGACGUCCCAAUAAAGCCUUUGCCCUGACAGGCAAUUCCGGCACCUCUCAGCCCUGAUCUGGAACCUCCCGAGGGCUGCAGUGUCAGCGCUCCGACGGGGCGCGAGGCCAGUCCCUCCGUCCCCACAGGCGCGACCCCGAGCACCCCAUGCCUACAGGCGCAGGGAGGCGUAGCCUCCCCCAGGGCAGCCACCUGUGCUGGUUGCUCUGCGCUUUCACCUUGAAGCUCUGCCAAGCCGAGGCUCCGGUGCGGGCGGAGAAGCUGUCAGUGAGCACCUCAAAUUUGCCGUGCUGGCUGGUGGAAGAGUUUGUGGUGGCAGAAGAAUGUGCUCCGUGCUCUAACUUCCAGGCUAAGACCACUCCUGAGUGUGGUUCCACAGGGUACGUGGAGAAAAUCACAUGCAGCUCAUCCAAGAGAAAUGAGUUGAAAAGCUGCCGCUCAGCUCUGAUGGAGCAGCACUUAUUCUGGAAAUUUGAAGGGGCUGUCGUGGGUGUGGCCUUAGUCUUCGCUUGCCUUGUCAUCGUUCGUCAGCGACAGCUGGACAGAAAAGCUCUGGAAAAGGUCCGGAAGCAAAUCGAGUCCAUAUAGUGACCUUCUGCCCUUUGACAGGGGUCUUUAGGGACCCUGCCUCACACAGAGACUUGUGCCCCUCAUUCUGGGAGACUGGUGGUGGCGUCCCUUUCUGCGUUUCCUGUCUAGAUCAUUAACCAGCAAAGUAAGUAGAAUGGUUCCCUUCCCUACUGUAAUUUGGUUUGGGACCGGAAGUCAUGGCAGCAGGCAUGGAAACGGUGGCAACUUUACGCCCCAGGUUACCGACUACCUGUCUUCUCCUCCUGCUACUUAUUUAAAACUUUCAGGAUACAAUUUCAGCAAAAAAGUUUAUUUCUCAGCCAAAACCUCUGUUUGCCCUCAACCCUAACCCCAAAGAAGAAAUAAAGUUGCAGAUGUAUGAAGUA